UUUUCGUCUACUUGGUAUUUAUUCGUCAUACGGUCACACGGCGCACAUGGUGUGCGGUAACAACUUUUUUGCCGGCAAAGAAAUGUAAAUUCAGCCAUGAUCCGGACGAUUUCUAUCCGCUGGCUGCAGCAGCGUAUUGGGGACAACCGGCCCUCCGCCUGGCUGGUGGGCAGCUCAAGGAGCUUCUUCGCCCGCAGCCUGAGCACCACCAAUCAGGUCAAGGCCGAAACGGAGGAGUCCCUGGCCAAAGUGGUGGAGCCCUCGCAGGCGGAGCUGUUGCGCGAAUUUGCCCGCAUGCCGGUGGAGCGCAUCCGGAACUUUAGCAUCAUUGCGCAUGUGGAUCACGGCAAGAGCACAUUGGCUGACCGGCUGCUAGAGCUCACGGGAGCCAUUGCACGGAAUGCCGGGCAGCAUCAGGUGCUGGACAGCCUGCAAGUGGAGCGGGAGCGCGGGAUCACGGUCAAGGCCCAGACCGCAUCGAUCUUCCACCGUCACAGGGGACAGCUUUAUCUGCUCAACCUUAUUGACACUCCUGGUCACGUCGAUUUCUCCAAUGAAGUUUCCCGAUCUCUGGCUGCCUGCGAUGGUGUGGUACUCCUGGUGGACGCAUGUCACGGUGUUCAGGCUCAAACCGUGGCCAACUAUCACCUAGCCAAGCAACGGCAGCUGGCAGUGGUCCCCGUGCUCAACAAGAUAGACAUCAAGCACGCAAACCCUGAUCAAGUCUGCCAGGAUCUAAAGCUGUUGUUCGGCAUAGAUCCUGAUCAGGUGCUGCGCGUGUCCGCCAAGCUGGGCACCGGCGUAUCUGAAGUCUUAGAAAGGGUAAUAGAAACAGUGCCGCCCCCACAAGUUCAACGGGACAGCGACUUCCGGGCCCUAAUCUUUGACAGCUGGUUCGACAAGUAUCGCGGAGCCCUUAAUCUAAUUUAUGUGCUGAAUGGCAAGCUAGAGCAGAACCAGGACAUUCAGUCGCUGGCCACCAAGAAGGUGUAUCCCGUAAAAAGCAUCUCUGUGUUGCGACCAGCCGAGUGUCCUGUUCCGGAUCUAUCCGCUGGUCAAGUGGGUUUGAUUGCUUGCAAUAUGCGAAACAGCAAGGAGUCCAUUGUGGGCGACACCAUCCACCUGAAGAAUCAAUCAGUCCCCGCCGCAGGUAGCUAUCGUCCGCAACAGCCGCUUGUUUUUGCGGGAGUUUUUCCCGCCGAUCAGUCAAAACAUGUCGCCUUGCGCAGUGCCAUCGAUAAAAUGGUACUCAAUGACUCAGCGGUCACUGUAAAAGUAGAUUCCAGCCCGGCUUUGGGACAAGGCUGGCGUUUGGGCUUUCUAGGACUUCUGCACAUGGAGGUCUUCUGCCAGCGUCUGGAGCAGGAGCAUGGUGCCGAGCCCAUAAUCACAGCGCCCUCCGUCACAUAUCGUUUGGUAUUGAGUAAUCCAAAGAUGAUCAGGCAACAGGGUCGCGAUACCAUGGAUAUUUCCAACGCAGCCCUCUUCCCGGAACCGUAUUCCAUCAAGGAGUACUAUGAACCCCUGGUUUUGGGCACCAUCAUCACGCCCACGGAGUAUGUUGGACAGGUGAUCAGCCUGUGUGUGGAGCGACGGGGAUUGCAGCAGAGUUCGGUGAACAUCGACGAGACCCGUGUGCUAAUGAAGUACGUCUUGCCGUUAAGCGAGAUCAUCCUGGACUUCCACGACCGUCUCAAGUCAUUGAGCUCUGGCUACGCUAGUUUCAGCUACGAAGACCACGGCUAUCAUCCUUCGCACUUGGUUCGUUUGGACAUCCAUCUGAACGGCAAGCCCGUGGAGGAGCUGUGCCGCAUUGUCCAUGUGUCUAAGGCAACGGGCGUGGCUCGGCAGAUGGUUCUGAAGUUGCGGGAGCUUAUUCCGAAACAGAUGAUACAGAUCGCUAUCCAGGCAUGCGUGGGCAGCAAAGUGCUCGCGCGCGAGACCAUCAAGGCGUAUCGCAAGGAUGUGACAGCCAAGCUCUACGGAGGGGAUGUCACCCGGCGGAUGAAGCUGCUCAAGCAGCAGGCCGAGGGCAAGAAGAAGAUGCGCAUGUUCGCCAACAUCCGCGUGCCGCACGAGACCUUCAUCAAUGUGCUCAAGCGGUAGGAUCAAUCCCGACCAGAACAUCACUUAUCGAAGCUGUUUGUGACCAAUUUAGCGUAAUAUGUUCGAGGAUCGGGACUAGACAAAUAGGUGGAAAACGAAAGCUAGGAACAUGAUCAACGGCCUGAGCGUUGGCGGUGGUCAGCAGGUGGCGCAGGUGACGCCAACAGGUGCUGCAAUUAAAUUGCACUUUGCCUACAACAACAGCAACAACAACAGCAGCAGCAACAAAAACAACUACAAUAACCUUAAAACAGCGGAGCCAAAAAUGAGCAACAACAAGCACUACGCGGGCAGAGCGCUGAAAAUAGUUGAGAAGAUACCAGGAGCAAGUGGAGUAAUCGCCGCCACAAACGCCAACCAAGGAGCAGGAAGCCUUGUGGGAUUUUCUCCGGCAACGGCAUCCUAUGUUUCAGGCUUGUCCAGGGAUUUCUUGAUAUCCAGAGAACUUUCCCAAAGAUCGGGAGAUUUCCUGACAGCUGCUGCAAAAAUGGUAUCCCAAAUGGGAGCAGGCGAACUCCGCUGGAUGCCAAUGCCCAGGACCAAAGAUAAGCCAUCGAACGCAGAAGCUAAAACAUUGGAAAGGGAAGCACACGGAUCACCUGAAAAUGCAGCCAAAAGUGCCUUAGCUGACCCCCAGCCUCAGCGCACCGAAGACCAAGAAAAUGCCUUUCGGCGCAUCGAGGAUGUGCACAACUAUGCCAAGUUGCAGGACUGCAGCAGCGACACCGACGACGAGGACGACGAAGAGGAAGAUCUCGAUGAGGAGGAGGAGGAUGAUGAGGAAGAGGAGGAGGCGGAGAUCCAAGUGCAGUUGCCUGUGCAGCAGGAGGUCACGCGCAUUCGUCGCGAGGCCGCCGAAGAACAUGUGGACGUGGACGUGGUCACAGUGCCGCAGCCGGAGCAGGAUCAAGAUAGCCAUCAAGUAGAGCCGCGACAGCUUCAGCAGGAUCAGGCAGCUGAUACCACACGACCGGAGCAUCAUGCCCGCCGCCCCAUGAAUGCCUUCCUCAUAUUCUGCAAGAGACACCGCGGUAUCGUCAAGGAGCGUUACAAAACCUUGGAGAACCGUGCCAUUACGAAGAUACUGGGCGACUGGUGGGCCGCUCUCGACGAGCAGGAGAAACACUGCUUCACAGAUCUGGCACAGCAGAACAAAGACGCCUUCUUCAAUGCUAAUCCAAACUUCAAGUGGUACAAACUGCCAGCUCCGCCGCUGCGAACACUGGCUACCCGUCCCAGCAACGCGGCUGCUGCUUUGCUCAUCCCCAACGAAGAUCAGCCGCAGCAACAGGUGCCGACUUCCCUGCAAAUGCAGUGGGCAGAGCGAGGGGAGAUGCCUCGUGCUAUGCUGCGCCCCAACUACUUUAAACUGGCAGACGAAACGCAGAUGGGCGAGCUAAGCUCCCUACUGCAAGUUCAAGUACAAGAAAAGGACUUCGCCCUGCAGCAGGUGCUUAGCGAGACAAGUCAGUUUCUAUCUGCCCACAUGCCAGGUGGCAAUUCCGAUGGGAAUGGCAAUAAGCGCUCCUUGCAGGACAGCAACUCGAGCAACUCCAGCGAGGAGGAGGCGGCCAGUGGUAGCUCGCCCAAUAAGAAGGUCAAGUCAUCACGCUCCUGCAAGGGCAAGAUUUAUCAGGAAUUGGUCAACUCCGGUCAAUUGGCGGCCAUAGCUAAAAAGAGCAAGGCUCGCUCGCCGCCGGCCGGAGGUAUGGGUGGAAACUUUGUGGACAUCCCGUUAGAUGCGGGCCCCAAUACACCGCCCGUUUCGCCACCGGAACGCCAGGGUACAAGUCCGGAUUCCAUGCAAAAACAUAUGAGGAGCGUUUCCGAGUCAAGCAGCAGUGGUUUCUUUGAUCUCGAGGAGAAAAUCAAAGAGCUGCCGGCCCUCAGCUUGGACGCUUACCUGCAGCGCAAACGUAGCACCAAAAAGAAGAAGAAGUUUAGCGGCACCAAGAAACAGAGGAAUUCAAACAGCACAAGUGGUGCAUCAGCAGCUUCGAAUGCAACAGCAGUAGAUGCUACGGCAAAAGGAGCAGUCCCAGCAACUAACGAGCACCUGGUGAGGAUCAAGCAGCAGCAGCAGCAACUGCAGGCCGUGGGUAGCCAGCGACGAAAGGCGCGCAAAGAAAGUAUCACUCGGCGCGAUGUCAGUGCCAUUGAACAGGAGGUGGCCUCAAUUCUGCCUCUGACCAUUAAUGGCAGCUACUACUUCAACCAGAGCGGUACUCCCAAGGCGGUGAAUGCCUCUGUAACCUCGUCGUCGGCCUCGCCACCGCUGUCUUCGAACUCCUCGUCGUCAUCCUCGUCGCUCUCCUCGCAGGCGGCCUUCGACGUGACCUCCUCUACCUCAGAUCUACUCAUUCUGGCCGAAGUGGCCGCCAACCGCACUGAGCUGACCAAGUCCAACUAGCGCCUGAAACACCACUAACAUCAGCAGCUCCACUGGCUGUCCAGCAUUACCACCAAAUAGUUAGCCCAAAUUAAAAUAGGGAACUGCAAGAUUGUCAUAACUUCUAAAAGAUAUAUUCACAUAUAUCAUAAUCUUAUAAUUUGAAAUUCUGUUUAGAUAUUUCAACUAUUUCCUGUUUACCAUAUUAUAUAGUUUUUAAGGAAGAAAACAGUUAUUCAUAUCAUCCAUUACGUCAGAGCUGAGGAAUAAUACUUUAUAUUCAAUUUAUACAUACAUGGGUUUUAACAUGAUUUUCGGCUUAUGUGCACACAUAUUCGAAAUAUUCAGUUCUUAUUCAUAUUAUCAAUCGAAAACUAAACUAAAUGUAUCUCCUCAUUUGUCGCCUUUAUGAUAGUCUUGCGGUUAAGUUGAGCACCCCUUUUCGAUACUUACAAUCUUGAAAGCUAUUUGCUGGUAGUGCCUUAUGGAGAUGGAAAAACAGACAUUCGUUGAUCUACAAUUUAGUCAAUAAUAUUAUGUAAUUACAAAAAAAAUGCAAGCCAGCAGAAGAGAAUACGAAAAGAGAGUCGCGGCGAUAGCGAAUUAUGUAUUGUUUGUUAUGACGGCGGUAGGAGGAGAUCCGCGUCAGUUUCACACGCAUAUAUCUAUAUAUUUGGUAUUUAGAUAACUUGUUCUGUUUUUUUCUUGUUAAGUUUCUCCUUUUUCGGGCCGCGUUCGUAUAAGCAGCAAAAUCAACAGCAGCGAACGUUCAUUAAAUGUUAAUUUUUAUUAUUUCAAAUAUAUAGUCGUAACUUAUUGCUAUAUUUGUCAAAACGCAAACAAUUUGCAACCAAAAAUAUAUUCAUUUUAAAG